UCAUAUUUGGAUAAUAUUGAAAGUUUGCUAAAAAAUGAAAAAAUUGAAACUGAUAUCAUAAAUACUAUUACGGUAAAACAAGGUGAUAAUUUGAUAAAUGUUAAAUCUCCAACUGACGAUAAAAUUUCUGAGUACUGGACCAUCAGCCACUAUAAAGUGAAAAAUAUUAAGAAUGUUGAUAGCAAGAACAGAUGGAAAGAAGCUGAAUGUAGUCUUAAAGUAACGAUAACCGAUGAAGAAAAAGAUCAAGAGCUUAAGAAUAAUUUAUCAGAGGUCGUACAAACAAUAUUUACACGCUUUAUGUCUGAUCCUAAGAGGAAGAUAAUAAGAUCUAAAUUAUCAAAGAAUUAAUUAAUAUAUUUAUUAAUGACUGUAGAAAAAAUAUGAAUAUAUAAUAGGUACUAUGCAAAAUAAAAAAUGUUUAGUUUUAAUAUACUUGUGUUAUGAAACAUAUGU